AUGGUGAACGGAAAUCACGGAAAUAAUGAGAAUAAUGAGAACAACGAGAACAACGAGAACACUUACGAAGAUAAGAUUGUUUUGCAUGUAAAUAGUUUUCCAGUUUAUUCAAGUUUAUUAAUGACUAACACUUCCGUUUCAGGAAAUGGUAACAAUAUACCCUAUCAUCUAAAAAGAACUUAUGAGAGUCUAACUAGAAGGCAGAGAGAAAUUUAUGAUGAUUUUCCCUCUCGUAAUGCAAAAAUUCUUUAUUUAGAAGGGCUUAUCAAGGAGAGGAAAAAAUCAGAAAUUGGAUCUGAAGUAAUGAGUUGUAUAAUAUACACAUUUAUUACUUGUCUUAUCAUUUCGAUAUAUGGAUUUUAUUUCAAGAGCGAAAAAGAAUCUACAAAGUAUUUUAUUGUAUUGUUGAGUAGUAUCUACUACUUGGCUAAAAUUCUUAUACUGGGAAUAACUAUGGAAAGACUAGGAAUACUUUAUAAUAAUAAAGUUCGUUUAUAUACUGCCAUUCUAAAUAUUUUGUGUACAUCUUUGGUGAUAUUCUUAGGCAUAUUUAUCAUUUCUCCAACUAUAUUUAUUUUACUUGUGAAUGUUGGAAUCGAUAUUGCCAAACUUAUUGUUAAAUUCUAUGGUUGA